UGUCACUUCUUUCAAGUUUGACAGGUCACUUUUGCAAGAGUGAAGCUUCUCGUUCUGUGUCCAUGUCAACAAACAGGUUUAGCUGAAAAUUUACUUGAAAAUCUUGUUAAAUUGUUGUUUUAUAUAGGUUAAACAUUAGCCAGAACUACAAGUUACAUCAGCACGGUUUUCUUGCGUCCCGGAGGAGUUGGAAUCCAAAAUGGCGCUCCCGACCAACUACAAACAACACGUACCGGUAUCGACACCGACGACGCAACGAUUGCGCCCUUCCGGUUCCAGUUCGGACAGCCGCAAGCAGGACAACUCCAGCCCGUUCAUGCACAGCGCCCACGGCAAUCCGGCCUUUACUCCGCAGAAGUUGGGGAAGUCUGCGGCCACUGCUGAGGCCAAGAUCAUUAAGCCCCCGAAGGCUCCGGAAAAGCCGUUGAUGCCGUAUAUGCGAUACUCGCGGAAGGUUUGGGAUUCGAUUAAAGUGUCCAAUUCGGAUUUGAAGCUGUGGGAAGUGGGCAAGAUUAUCGGGCAACAGUGGCGUGAUUUGCCGGAAAGCGAGAAGGAGGAAUUCAUCACGGAGUACGAAGCGGAAAAGUUGGAAUAUGAAAAGAACUUGAAGGCAUACCAUAGCUCACCGGCCUAUUUGGCAUAUCUUACGGCCAAGAAUAAGUCCAAGCCAGGUGGGGAUGGCGAUGGGCAUGAGAAUACUCGAUCCAGCUCGAAAGGCAGCCAACAGGAUCGGAGGAUCGAUAUCCAACCGGCCGAGGACGAAGACGAUCAGGAUGAUGGCUAUUCGUUUAAGCAUGUUGCGUAUGCCAGAUUCUCUCGGAAUCAUCGUUUGAUCAAUGAGAUAUUCUCGGAUGCGGUGGUUCCGGAUGUCCGCUCGGUUGUCACCACCCAGAGGAUGCACGUUCUAAAGAGACAGGUUCAAUCCUUGGCUAUGCAUCAGAUGAAGCUCCAACACGAGCUGCAGUUGAUUGAAGAGAAGUUCGAUAACCGAAAGCGCAAGUUCGUAGAAUCGAGCGAGCAGUUCCAGGAUGAAUUGAAGAAGCAUUGCAAACCGGCGGUCGAUGACGAGACAUUCCAGAAAAUGGUCGAACGCCAAUAUGAGAUGCUGAAGCGCGAACGUCUCCGAACCGUAGAUGAUCAAUCGAAAGGUGCCGCUGGUGGACCACCUACUCCAAAGCCAGACGACCAAGCCGGACAGCAGAAUGUUGCAGCGGUACCAGCACCGGAAGCAGCAGCUGCUUCCGCUCAAGAAACACGUCCAGCUCAAGAAGCACCGGAAAAGUCGGCACACGAAGCAGCACCUACAGCUGCGACCGCCAAGAAAGAAGAAAAAGUUGAGCAACCGAAACCAGAUGAAGCGAACCAACGUCCCAAGCAGCCUCAGGAAGAGGCUUCUACUAAGGAAACACCCAUGGAUCAACAUCCGCCGGCAAUGGAGCCGACUCCGACUGUUCCAGCUCCAUCUGCGGUUGUUCCACCGCCGGAACCAUACCGUGCCCCUCCGGCUCAAGCGCCAGUCGUUCCGGAACUGAAGCCUGACAUUCCACCACAAGCUGCUCCCAUUGCGCACCCACCGGUAUCCGCUUCACCAACACCACCACCACCGCAUCAUCAUGCCCCACCGCAACCGACUUCGGCCCCAUCGGUUCCCUAUCCGUCGAAUCCGCCACACGGCGCAGAACCCCACGCUCCCCCUCCGAACGUAACCGUUCCCCAUCAUCAGGCUCCUCCUCCGCCGCCACCAACUCAUCAUAUGCCACCGCACAUGCAACCACAUCCGGGAAUGCCAUCUCACUCCGGCUAUCCGGGAUAUCCCCAUGCUGGACCUCCGCGUCCAUAUUAUCUCCCCAGUGGCUACGGAGCCCAUCCCCAGUCCUAUGGCCAGUACGGACACUAUCCCUAUCAUCAGCAGUACGCUCCUCCGCCUCCCGGCCAGUACAUGCCGGGUCCACCGCGUCCGGGUCAUGGCGGUCCGAUGGGCCAUUACGGAGCCGAUCCCCACGGCCAUGGUGGACCGAAUAGCGAAGGACACCAUCCGCACUCACCGUACGGACCAGGCCCAUCUCAGGGAGGUGCUCCGCCGCCAUCUGCAGGAGCUGGUGGCCCAGCCCCAGGUGGACCUCCACAGCCACCUGUUGGCCCGGCCUCUGGACCACACCCGGACGAACCCGAAGUUCCGGAAAAGCCAGGAAAACCAGAAAAGACACCGGCCAAGAAGAAGAAGUCCAGCAAAAAGGAUGCCGAGAAGAAGGCAGCCCAUGACGACUAGAGAUAAGUAUAAAUUGUCUUCUUGAUGAAAUAUGGUAACUAUCGAUAUUGCUAUUUGAUUUUAUUGUUCUUUAACCUACUAUUCACUUGCUCUAAUAUUCUACUUGACCGACAGCAUAAUCUCGAUGUGUAUUAGCGUCACGAAUAAACGUUUAGCGGGUUUUCGUGCAA